UCGGCUCUUUUAAUGAUUCGAAUCGAAUCCGGAGUUACCAUAUCUAGAUGCAUACUUUACCUAGACUAGAGUACAUCACUAUUGUAUUGUAGUUUACUGUAUUGAUUUGUAAGGAGUGUUGUUAUUUAUUUACGUCUAGAUUUAGAAUUACCUUACCUACUAAUAAUUCAUUAUUAUUUUGUAUUGAUAUUUCUUAAAAGAUGGCUUGCAAUAAUAGUGGGCGGCCUAGUAACAAAAAUGUGAUAAAAUUCAGCCAACAGCCACCGUCAAUAAUAUCAAGAUUACUAAAAAAAAUUAAGGAAAAUGAGUGUCCACUACCAAAUAUUGAUUUGGAACAAGGCUCGAAAGACUUUACAGAUUCUAUGAAGUCGCCACCAAAUGUAGACUUUCUAGAUAUCGACCAACAGGACAGCUGUCUUUUGUGCCAAGUGUGCUCACAUAUAAGCAGCAACAUGAAAGAAUACCAAAAACACUCAAAGAUACAUAAAGAGAAACAAUUUUCAUGUGACUAUCCAAAUUGUGUUUACACAUCAAAGUUGUCUUCAAAUCUGGUUAAACACAAAAGGAUACAUACUUCAGAGAAGCCCUAUCUUUGUGACCAGUGUUCAUUUAGAUCAAAUUUUAUAAAUUCCUUGAAGGUACAUAAAAGGAUUCACAGCGAUGAAAGGCCAUAUAGUUGUAACCAUUGCAGUUACAGAUGCAACAGCAGCUCAAAUUUAAAAAAACAUUGUAGACAUAGGCACUGGGACAUAACACAAAAUUAAUAUGAUAUAGGAAAUGAAAACAUAGAGAUUUAGACUGUAUUAUAUUAGAAAUAUGUGGUAUAGUAAUUAAAUGAUCUCAUAUUUUUAUUUAUAUUCUGAUUAAAAUUUAUAUUUCUAAAAUA